ACAGGACAGAGUGGUACAGAGCUGGGAACAAGUAACUUGACUUGCAAUUUUAUCAAAGGAAAAUGUCGAAGUUGUAUUGUGUUUUUCUUUUCCUUGGACUUGCUGUAAGCUUGAGACAUGUCCGGGCUCUCUCACAAGAAGAUAUAGCGGCUAUCAAAACUGGUCUCCGACCAUUGAUAGCGGAGUGCGGCAAGGAGUUUGGUGUGGACGAGGCAGAUAUCAAGAAAGCCAAGGAGUCCGGUAAAAUAGAAUCGCUGGACCCCUGUUUGUUCGCUUGCAUUGGAAAGAAAAUGGGAAUGAUCAACGAUAAAGGAGAAUUUGACGUCGAAAAGUCUUCUGAGACGGUCAAGAAGUUUGUUACUGAUAAAGACGAGCAGAAACAGAUUUUAGAAAUUAUUGAAAAAUGCUCUUCAGUGAACGAUGAAGCAGUCAGUGACGACAAAGGCUGCGACCGAGCUGUCCUUUUGCAUAAAUGUAUGGAGCCAUACAAAGAUCAGUUCGAUUUCUCCAAAUGAGGACGUUAAAGAACAAAUAAUAGCCCGAUGAAGUUACAUUGGCCGCUGACUAUAAUGGAUUUUGUAUUAUUUAUUUUGUUGUAAUUAUUAUAAUAAAAGCAUUAGAAAAAUA